AGGAUUACAAUGCCAAGUUUUUAACAUUUAGUUGUUACAAUCGCAUCAAUAAAACUUCAAAUUUGAAGGCGGCAAAUGAAAAAUACGAUAGAUAAAUUGGUGAAUUUACCUAAUAAUCAUAAAGAUUAUCAAUGAAUAUUCGAUAACAUCGAUCGAGUUUGGGCGUUAAAGAAACAAGACCUCACGGAGUACGAUUCAUCUAGAAAAGGACUUUCAUAUUGAAGGAUGAAAUAAACGAUUCAUGCUGAUGGAUUCGUUAAGUAUUCUCCUUAAGUAUGGAGGGAACGAAUAAUUUUCCAAUCAAAGUAUUUUAUUCAUCAAACAUAUACAUAAUAAGAGCAUUUUUAAACUAUAAAAUGACGUUCAAGAAAUUUCUUGUGACACUUUGUAUCGUAUCAAUUUGGGCGUUAUCUGCAGAAGGUUUGAAGUGUUGGACUUGCGAAAACCAGGCAACACCGAGCGACUGUCUCCGAAGUGGAAGUUUGAAGCAAUGCAGAUAUUUGGAAAAAUCCUGUCAAACACUGGUUCGAGUUUCCGAAGGAACCAAAACCUACAUUUCUACUGGCUGCAAAGAAGCUGAUGCUUGUGGACGAAAUGAAGAACAGAAUCCAAGACGUGCCUGGACUCCGACACAAUGUAAUGGCAAUACUAUGAAUUCUGUAUGUCGUUGUUGCUGUGGAACCGACAGAUGUAACAGAAAUAAUCUUUUGUGUCAACCAAAAAGAGGAGAUGCUCCUGCAACUAUCAGAGAUGCAACGCCGACACCUCUUGAACCGGUGACAUGUCGACGAGUCCUGGGUACGCCAGCUAACGGCAAGAAAGUCUGUGUCGGUGAAAAAGAUAUCGGUGCAACUUGCAAGUUUACUUGUAACGAUGGAUUUGAGUUAAUUGGUUCUCAAAAAUCACGCUGCGUUUUGAAGCGGCCAAAAGCAAAAUUUGCGAGAUGGACAUAUAAAGCCCCAACGUGUGAAAAAGAACCUUUAUGUGAUGAUGUUCCAACACUGUCAUAUGGGAGGGUGGAAUGUGACGCUGGAAGAAAAAUAGGAUCUCAAUGCAGAUUCUUUUGCAGCGGUGAUCACGAGAUGAGGGGACCAUCGACUGUGACUUGCGAAAGAAAAGGAAAUGUUGCAAAAUGGAACGAAGAAUCUCCUCUUUGCAUUGCCCCUGAACCUUCUUGCAAAGACCUCGGCAAUUUACCGCACGGCGAAAUUGUGUGCACGCGAGAGGAUAACAAAGUCGGAACAAUUUGUGGAUUUCGUUGCAUAGACGAUGGCUACGAUCUUUUAUCUACCACUGACGCUAUAGAAUGCGUUAUAGAUGCCGCGGGAAAAGCAAAAUGGAGCCACAGGAAACCAUGCUGUACAUCUCAAUGUCCACCAAUGGCGAAAAAAGAUGUUGUGAUUGUUAUGGAUUCCUCUAAUUCAAUUAGUAAUAGAGAAUGGAAAAUUAUGAAAAGUUUUGUUGCGAAUAUUACUGGAAAAUUUGAAGUUUCCGAAGAUGGUGUUCAGUUUGCCGUUUAUCGAUUUAAUAGAAAAGUUGACGAAGAAUCUCAAAUUUUAUUUGGUGAUUAUACAAACGACGCUGACGGACUAAAACAAGCUGUUAUAGACAUGCCAAAACGAGGUGGAGGUACUUUCAUUGGCCGCGCCCUGAAGCAUGCUAAGAAUCACGUUUUAACGACAAAUAACAGAAAAGAUGUUGAAGACUUGGUCUGGGUAUUAACUGAUGGCCGAUCUGACGACAAACUUGACGUUGUCAGCAAAGAGUUGAGAGAUUCAGGCGUUGAGAUAAUGGCUCUUGGAAUUUCACGACAAGACAAACCAGUGGACAUAAAACAGUUGAUCAAUAUGGCCGGUCAUUCAGACAACGUUUUGGAAGUGAAAAACGGAAUGAAAAGUCUGACUGACAACUUGUCACACAGAAUCGUCAAAAAAAUCUGCCAAUUCUCUUGCCCUGCUGAGUAAACACUUGUUACACAGUGAUGUCGAAUAUGCGGAGUAUUUUUAUGCCCGAGUUUCAAAAGGCCUUUAAAGUUGAAAUCAAAUUUGUUUGUGCGAUUAUUAUUUUGUAUAUAUAUAUAUUUAAGUUGAAACAAAACUAGUCAGGAAUGGUUUUAUGUGAAAUAUUCGCGGCAUAAAUAGACCGCGAUUCGAAAGAGUGAUUUUCUGCUGCUGUAUUCAAAAUAGCCAGUGGAUUAUUUUUCGUGGAAAAUCAUCUAUUGCGCUAUAGUUAAAGUUAUCAUGUUGUAUGAUACACCAAUUGCUUUCUGAGGUGCUUCACUUCCUGUUAUCAUUGCUAUUUUUAUAUAGAAAUUAAUUUCAGCUGUUUUAUACCUUUACAUUUUUAUUUACCAUUUAAUAUAAUCAUGAGCAAACGCGUUUAAAAGUAACUAAUGAUGGCGUGAUGUCUCCGAUAAGACAAUUCUGUUUUUUUCAAAAGUUAUUCUAGCAUAUAUGUCAAAUUUAAACCAGUUAAAAAUUAUUCUAAUUUAUUCAAGUUACGUCGUAUGUAUGCUUUAUUGACUAUUGCUUUUGUAUAAUAUAAUUUUAUUCAUCUUCAAUACAAUAUAUUUGAAAUAAA